GCACGAGUCAUGGCUGGCGGUGGGCCCACCUGACUCGCGCUCAGAGGGAGGUACAUAUCCCGGCCGUCGUCCAAUCCCCUCGCCCUCCCUCCGCACACCGGCCCCGCUACCCCAGUUCCGCCCGACGGCCAAGCCAAGAACCGUCCUCGCCAUGAGCGCAGAAGAGCUGAAAGGAUCGGACGGCGCGUCCUCGCGCGACGCCGAGAAGCAUGGCUACCGUUCCGACGCCGCGUCCGACGCCGACCUCCACGUCGACUACAAGACCCGCUUCCCCAACAUCAACGAGGCGAAGGUCCUCCGCAAGAUCGACAUCCGCGUCGUGCCCGUGUUGUGUGUGCUGUACUUGUUGGCAUUCCUCGAUCGGGUGAACAUAUCGAACGCGGCGCUCUUUGGGCUAAAAACGGAUCUGAAGCUGACCGGAGACAAAUAUAACAACGCUCUCGUCGUCUUCUUCGUCCCGUAUGUCCUUGCUGAAAUCCCUUCAAAUGCACUGCUCAAGCAUUUCAAACCGCAUGUAUGGCUACCAGUGUGCAUGUUCCUCUUCGGCAUCGUAUCCGUAUGCCAAGGGCUGGUACAAAACUACAGCGGAUUGAUCGCAUGCCGGUUCUUCCUGGGUCUCGUCGAGAGCGGCGUAUUCCCGGCAUGUUUUUACCUCAUUGCAAUGUGGUACAAGCGUGCAGAGGCGCAAAAGCGCUACUCCUUCUUCUUCUCGUCAACAACCCUCGCAGGCGGCUUCGGUGGUCUGCUCGCCAGCGCCAUCGGCAAGAUGGACGGGCUUCGAGGGUACCACGGCUGGCGAUGGAUCUUCAUCAUCGAGGGCGCCGUGACGUGCGUGGUCUCGGUGGUUCUGUACUUCACCAUCUCGGACUUCCCGGAGGAGGUCACAUGGUUGACGCCUGAAGAGAAGGAGUUCGUGAAGGCGCGGUUGCAUGCGGACGUCGGCCAGUCGAGGAGACAUGACCCGCUCACCACUCGGUCCGUGUUGAAUGUCUUCAAGGAUUGGAAGAUCAUUGCUGGCGGGUUCAUGUACUUCGGGCUGAUUGUCCCAGCAUAUGGCUACGCAUACUUCGCCCCCUCCAUCAUCCAAGGUCUCGGCCACAGCAGUAUCCGCACACAGCUCCUCUCCGUUCCACCAUGGGCCUGCGCCUUCGCGCUCGCGAUGAUCACCGCGACCGCGUCCGACCACCUCCGGCAUCGCUUCGCGUUCGUGCUCCUCCCGACCGCCGUCGCCCUCACGGGCUUCAUCAUCCUGCUCGUCGUGCACGACAACACGAAGCUCCAGUACGCGGCGCUCUUCCUCAGCGCGAUGGGCACGUACUCGGCGAUGCCGAUGAUCGUGUGUUGGUUCAACACCAACUUGGGCGGGCAUCAGAGAAGAGCUGUCGGUACGGCAUGGCAGGUUGGAUUCGGGAACAUCGGCGGCAUCAUCGCCGUGUACGCCUUCCUCUCCAAGGACGCGCCCAAGUACAUCACGGGCUACAGUAUAUGCAUCGCCUUCAUCUGCCUCUCCGUCGUCGCCGACGUCGUCUACUUCUUCGGCCUCACCGCGGAGAACCGGAGACGCAGCCGCGCGGAGGCCCAGGCGAGCGCGGUGCUUCUCAGCGCGGACGAGAAGACGAAGCUGGGCGACCUCAACCCGGACUAUCGGUAUUUCUUGUGACGAAUGAUGAGCGGUCUAGAUCUUGAGCUCUAUUGUAACGAAAAGACACGAGGGGCUGGUGCACACGUGGAUUGGCAGGAUAGAUGGAGGCCCCCGCUUCAUAUCACUAUUGAUUAUUGAUGUAUCAGUAGCUUAGUUUUCGUGCUAAUACUCAGCUGUAUCAAAUGCAUUCUUCGACGACAUAGACCACGUAAGUGGUUCAACGUUCAA